GACUCCGCCUCCUCCAGUCCUCCACUCUCGGCUCCCCAGGAAGGCGGUGCGGGCUGAGAACUCUGCUUUCGCUUUCCCUUCCCCGUGCCCACUCUUCGCUCCUCGCGCGGCUCUAGGACCCUUGCCCCGGCCAUGGCCAUGCUCAGGGUCCAGCCUGAGGCCCAAGCCAAGGUGGAUGUGUUUCGUGAAGACCUUUGUACCAAGACAGAGAACCUCCUUGGGAGUUAUUUCCCCAAGAAGAUUUCUGAUUUGGAUGCAUUUUUAAAGGAGCCAGCUCUCAAUGAAGCCAACUUAAGCAAUCUGAAGGCCCCAUUAGACAUCCCAGUGCCUGAUCCAGUUAAGGAGAAAGAGAAGGAAGAGCGGAAAAAACAGCAGGAGAAGGAAGACAAAGAUGAAAAGAAGAAAGGGGAAGAUGAAGACAAAGGUCCUCCCUGUGGCCCAGUGAACUGCAAUGAAAAGAUUGUGGUCCUCCUGCAGCGCUUGAAGCCUGAGAUCAAGGAUGUCAUUGAGCAGCUCAACUUGGUCACUACCUGGUUGCAGCUACAGAUACCUCGGAUUGAGGAUGGGAACAAUUUUGGAGUGGCUGUCCAGGAGAAGGUGUUUGAACUUAUGACCAGCCUCCACACCAAGCUAGAAGGCUUCCACACUCAAAUCUCUAAGUAUUUCUCUGAGCGAGGUGAUGCAGUGGCCAAAGCAGCCAAGCAGCCCCAUGUGGGUGAUUAUCGGCAGCUGGUACAUGAGCUAGAUGAGGCAGAGUACCGGGACAUCCGGCUGAUGGUCAUGGAGAUCCGCAAUGCUUAUGCUGUGUUAUAUGACAUCAUCCUGAAGAACUUUGAGAAGCUCAAGAAGCCCAGGGGAGAAACAAAGGGAAUGAUCUAUUGAGAGCCCCCUCUAAUUCUGUGAUGGGUACAGCAUAGACCUUCUUAUUUUUUGCCAGGGACUCCAGAUUUUCCCCUACCUUUCUCUUAUGGAGGUUUUUCCCUCACCUUGCCUCCCAAGCAUAAUAAAUAUAGUCACACUGUG